GGAGCCCUCAGACAAAACACAACCAGCCGUGCGGUGUAACACCUUCUCCUGACAUCCACGAGCACAGAGACACUUGAAACCGGAGCAGAGCUUGUUCAAGGGCAUCAGCAGCAGCUUUCUCUCCUCGGCUCUGUGAAUUUUCUGGGGGUGGAAAGCACCACUGACUAUAAGGAGAAACCUUGACUGGAGCGAGUACUUGGAAUUUUAAAAAGUGAAUUAAACUUUUUGUUUAGGACGACAUGGCACUUAGGCAGAACUCUGACAAGGAGCCAUCCAUCGAGUUGUUCAUUAAGGCUGGACAUGAUGGCGAGAACGUGGGGAACUGCCCCUUCUGCCAAAGGCUCUUCAUGGUUCUGUGGCUGAAGGGAGUCAAGUUUACGGUGACCACUGUUGACAUGAGGAAGAAGCCGGCAGAGCUCAAAGACCUGGCGCCCGGGACCAACCCGCCUUUCCUCCUCUACAACGGCACCCUCAAAACAGACUUCAUCAAGAUCGAGGAGUUUCUUGAGCAAACACUGGCCCCUCCCAGGUAUCCUCACCUCAGCCCAUUAAACAAAGAGUCCUUUGACGUGGGCGCUGACAUUUUUGCAAAGUUCUCAGCUUUCAUCAAGAACAGCCCGAAUAACGCCUUCCAUGAGAAAAACCUUCUCCGGGAGUUCAAGCGCCUGGAUGUCUACCUGAACUCCCCCCUUCCUGAGGAGAUUGACCACAACUCCACAGAAGCCAUCACCGUCUCCAAGAGGAGGUUCCUGGACGGAGACCGCCUCACCUUAGCUGACUGCAACCUGCUGCCCAAACUGCACGUUAUCAGGAUUGCUGCCAAGAAGUACUGCGACUUUGACAUCCCUGCACAUUUCACAGGCGUGUGGCGAUACCUUGAAAACGCCUACGAGAGAGAGGAGUUCAAACAGACGUGUCCAGCCGACAUUGAGAUCGAGAAGGCUUACUUUAGUGUGGCCAACAAGAGGAAAUAAACCUUUGAUUCUCUAUUAAAGUCCUGUUUUCAGCCAGUGUAACCAUGCAUGUAAAGUUGUUGAUCUGUAGAGGGCGCUACAACCUACACGAAUAAGCUGUGGCAAUGAAUCGGUAAAUAUUCCACCUGAAAAACCUUGACCUGUUGCAGUAGACUUUGGGACACGC